GUAUCGUUAUAAGCCGACGAGUCUGGGAAAACAACAGAAAUUAAGGGCUCCAGGCCGCCUUUAGACCAAGCGCCGGGCGAAAAUGGGGCGAGACCUCCCGCAGCGGACAACGCGCGGCCGGCGCAUGGCCGCGCAGUUAGACGAGGAGGAGGACGCUGCCGAUAACGAUUUCUGGAACCAGGAAUUCUUCAAGGAAGAGGCAGUCGAUGACGAUUACAAGACCGAGUCCGAGCCUGAGGACAUUAUCGAUUCUGACUUCGACGAGGAAGAGGAGGCAGAAAACGAUGAUGAGGUGGAGGUUCGGGAUGACGAACCGCGGAAGAAAAUGAUGAAGCCGCCGGGUCGACCCCCAAAGCCCAAGGCAAAGCCGAAGCCCAAGGUCAAGAAGGAGGAGAGCGAGGGUGACGAGGAGGACGAGGAGGCAGGUGACGAGGACGACGAGGGCGAGGAUGGCAACACGCGGCCAGCCAAGAAGCCUAAGAUCCCGCGGGAGCCGAUCAUCUACAUCGCACCUACACUGCGCCGGUCCACCGUGGCCAAGGUGGCUGAGGCGGAGAUCGAGCGGCAGUACAAAGCCAAGCCCGCUCGAAAGCCGCGCGCCAAGAACAACUCGGACUGGCGGCCGCUCACUCAGCAGGAGCUGCUGGCAGAGGCGGCGCUGAACGAGAUUGAGAACACUCGGUCGCUGAAGAUGCUCUUAGCCCGCGAGGAGGAGACCAAGCGCAAGGCGCAGGUGGUCAAGAAGAAGAACAGUGGGCCCAGCGUCAAGUGGCGGUCGCGCAAGGGCGCGGACGGCGAGGAGCACACGACGCUGGAGCUUGUGAACGCCAUCGUGCCGCCGCGCUGGAUGCAGCCUAGCCGUGCGCCGCCGCCGCCCCACCCGCCCAUCUGCUUCGUGACUGGCCUGCCGGCGCGCUACGUGGACCCGCAGACGCGCAGCCAUCUCGCCAACACGCUGGCCUUCAAGCGGCUGCGGGGCGGCGCGGGGCCCUUGGCGCCGGCGCUGCAGCAGCAGCUGGUGUUGCACCACCACAUGGAGCAGGCGGCGCGCCAGCAACAGCUCGAUGUGGACCCGACGGCGGCGCGGGUGGGCACCGGCGCGGUAUCGGUGCUGGCGCCCGUGGGCCCGCAUGCAGCCCUCAUGGAGGCGAGGCGCGCGCAGCAGCAGCGGCGGGAGGCGCUGGCGGAGCAGGCUCGGGCAGCGGCCGCCACGGCCAAGGGGCAAGGCCCCGGCGGCGCGGCUGCUGGCGCUGGGUCACCCCUGGACCCCCCGCCGGCCAUGCCCACAACUGACCUCAUGGCGCUGCUGGUAGAUGUGCACCGAUCGCUCGCGGCGGCAUAAUGCAUGGUGUGGUCGCGCAUGACGUUGCUGUGCGAGCGGUUGCAAGCGGUUGAGGCUGCUGGUGCUCAAGCCAGUAUGUAUGUUCUACGUUGUACCAAUUCUUCCCAAACCAAAUGAACUCAAUCCUGAUG